AUGUCUCCUCAUUCUGCUUCAACCACCGUCAAUGAGCUCGUUACCGAGUAUGCCGACAUCAUCAAGGGCAAAGUCAUCCUCACCACUGGUGUAACACUCAACAGUCUCGGUGGCAUAUUCAUCCAGGAAACCGCCUCCAAGUCCCCAGAACUCCUCAUCCUGGCCGGCCGCAACGCUUCCAAACUCCAAGAGCUCGCUGAAGCCGUCACCAAAGACUACCCCAACGUCAAGACUCGCAACUUGAUCGUAGAUCUCAGCUCUCUGGCUUCAGUGCGCAAGGCUGCCGAGGAGGUCAACAGCUGGAACGACGUGCCCAACAUUGACGUUCUAGUCAACAAUGCUGGCAUCAUGGCUGUUCCCUACUCAAAGAGUGUUGAUGGGUUCGAGUCGCAAUUCGCGAUUUGCCAUCUUGGCCAUUUUCUUCUUACAAACUUGAUCAUGGGCAAGAUUCUCGCUUCCAAGUCACCCCGAGUUGUCAACAUCUCGAGCAAUGGCCACACUCUUGGUCCUGUCCACUUUGCGGAUUCUCACUUCAGUAACGGCGAGACUUAUAAUAACUGGGCCGCCUAUGGCCAAGCCAAAACUUCAAACGCUCUCUUUUCUGUAUCCCUUGCUCAAAAACUAGGAAGUCGCGGCCUGCAAUCUUACAGCGUCCACCCAGGGAUGAUCAUGUCGACAGGUCUGGGAACUCACUUGGACUUUGGCAGCAUGGACGGUGACCUCGGAGCUCUUAUACAAGCUCAUCGUGAACGAGGAAACACCGAAGGUUGGAACUUUCUUACCCCUGUUUCUGUUGACGUUGGCGCUGCUACCCACGCAUUUGCUGCUUUUGAUCCCAAUCUCAGAGCAAACAACGGUGCUUAUCUCUUGGAGACCAGAGUCUCUGACCCUUUUGUCGACUCCUACAAGUCUUGGGCGCGAGACCCUGUCGAGGCCGAGAAGCUUUGGAGACUAAGUGAAGAGCUUGUCGGGCAGAAGUUUGGAUACUAA